AUGUGGCCUGAGGUUAAUACUGAGGAGAUGUUGCCUCCAUCAUACAAAAGAGGCCCUGGUAGAUCAAAGAAAUUAAGGAGGAGGGAACCUGAUGAGGACCCUAAUAGGGGAAGGAUACAUACAUCUUAUUUUUGUACCAAAUAUGGUGUACAUGGCCACAAUGCAAGGAGUUGUUCAGUUCUGGUGCCUGACCCUGAAGCUCAGAAAAGAAAGAAAAAUGCUACACAAAAAACACAAUAUAGAUUUGUAGUGGAACAAACAACACAUGCUGAAAAUGAAGCUUCUACUGAACAACAACAACAACCUCAACAUGAACCUCCAACUAAAGAACAACCAGAAACACAAUAUGAUGUAAACCAAGAGUUUGAAAUGCUUGCAGCAGAUCUUUGUGCAGCUUUUGAAAGAACACAAACUCAACCCAAUAUCAAUGAUCUCACUUCCCAAAUUCCAACUCCAACUCAAGUUGCUAGUGACCAUGCUCCAACUGUUGAGGUUGCAUCCGUAAUUGGUUUCACAAGGGGUUGGUGA